CCGCCCCGCGACCGACCAGCGGCGAUGAUGUCCAGCACGAACUCCCAUCUUGACUUGGACUCUCCCUCACACAGACACUUAAUCCAGCAUAUUCAACAUGGCAGAAACAGCCCUGGGCCUCAUCGCACGUUCCGGCGCUCUACGACCAACGGCAUCUCGCCGCUCACUGGCCGUCCUGGCGAAUAGCCGCUUCACCAUUCAGAAAGCUGCCUUCACUUCGCAACCGCCACGCCUCCUCCCUUCUGCCGACUCGCUCUUCUCCCGUUCCUCUGGUUCAAGCGAGCCUACAAGCUACUUCCAGCGUUCAUCACUCCCCGCCAACACCAUUGUCAAGUUCGUGCCUCAGCAAACAGCAUGGAUCGUCGAGCGCAUGGGCAAGUUCAGUCGCAUCCUGCAGCCCGGUCUCGCUGUCCUGGUCCCCUUGAUCGAUCGCAUCGCCUACGUCAAGAGCCUGAAAGAAGCCGCCAUUGAGAUUCCUUCUCAGAGUGCCAUCACCGCCGACAACGUUACUCUGGAGCUGGACGGUGUGCUCUAUACCCGCGUCUUCGACCCUUACAAGGCCAGCUACGGUGUUGAAGAUGCCGAAUAUGCCAUUUCACAACUCGCCCAGACCACCAUGCGUUCAGAGAUUGGUCAGCUCUCCCUCGACCACGUCCUGAAAGAGCGCGCUGCCUUGAACACAAACAUUACACAAGCUAUUAACGAGGCUGCCCAAGACUGGGGUGUUACCUGUCUGCGUUAUGAGAUCCGCGAUAUCCACGCGCCCGCUGGUGUCGUAGAGGCAAUGCACCGUCAGGUCACUGCCGAGCGUAGCAAGCGUGCCGAGAUCCUCGAGUCCGAGGGUCAACGUCAGAGUGCCAUCAACAUUGCCGAAGGUCGCAAGCAGAGUGUCAUCCUGGCUUCCGAGGCUCUGCGCUCCGAGCAGAUCAACAUGGCUACUGGUGAAUCCGAAGCCAUCCUCCUCAAGGCUCGCGCCACAGCUGCCGGAAUCGACGCUGUCGCAAACUCCAUCGCUCAAGGCAAGGAGAGCGCACAGGGUGCCGUCAGUCUCAGUGUUGCUGAGAAGUAUGUCGAUGCAUUCGGCAAGUUGGCGAAGGAGGGUACCAGCGUCGUCGUUCCUGGCAACGUCGGAGACAUUGGCAGCAUGAUCGCUACCGCUAUGGGCGUCUACGGCAAGGUCAACGAAAGCCAGGCUCGUGCCAUGCAGUCCAAGCAAAUCUCCUCCCCCUCAGAAUCAUCCUCGCAAGAAUCACUAUCGCCAUCAUCGGACAAGUCUCAAAGCGUGACGGAUAGCGUGCUCGAGAGCUUUGAGAGCACUCGUGCCAAGCACUAAGCAAGUUUGCACCUUUCUCCAAAGUCUAGGAGGAAUGACUUGAAGAUGUAUUCUUCUAGUUAGGCGUCGUUAUCUUCUUGUAUGAAAUGGAGCGUAUGAGCAUUUUCUUCAAAGGUCACCAAAGAAGGAUUUUAUAUCUUUUUCUUACACCCCUCCCAUCUUGUACAUUAUUAACCUACCACAACUCACAUUUUUCCCUUCUUUUCAAAGGCAUCCGUUCAAAAGUCCAUAUAGUGCGUUCCUCUUUGUUACUUGACAUGGACCAAGCAAGACUAUUUGAUCCCGAUCAUCGACCAGACAAUUUGCCACUCCCGCAGCGCCUCUCUCAUCAGUAAUAUCGAGCUUUGUCAAAAGUCACAGUAGUUUUCCGAAGACAACUUGAAGCCCCGACUAUGAGAGCCGCUUAUUCUCGCGCUCUCUCUCUCUCUCUCUCU